UCUUGCCUCCCUCCCAUGACCUAAAUGGUGUUUAUUAAAGAGCUCUUACAUUUAUCCUAAUACUUCUUGAGGCCAUUUAUAUAAUUUGUUUCUUCCUAUCGUUCCCAAACAAAUCUUGAUCCAACGGUAUAAAAUGGUGAAAACCGCUUGCUCGGAUAAGCUACAUGCGCCAAAGGGUCGUUGGGACGACGAGGGAGAUGGAAAAACGGGCACGUAUGCUUCAAGGGGGCACGGAACGGGUAAUUGGGCAACUUUCUCGAGGAGGUCAGUAUGUUUUGCAGGACAAAGAAGAAGUGGGAAGAGUGGAAGAGAGAGGUGGAGUAGUAGCAAUCAAAAGGCUGAUCCAAGGCACAAGAGCUUCACCCCUGAGGAGGAAGAAUUGGUCAUUCAGCUACAUGCAGCCAUAGGUAGCAGGUGGCCUAUAAUAGCACAACAACUUCCAGGAAGAACCGACAACGACGUGAAAGUUUUAUGGAACAGCAAACUUAGGAAGAAGCUCUCUGCAAUGGGAAUCGAUCCGGUUACUCACAAGCCCUUCUCCCAAAUCCUUGCAGACUACGGCAACAUCGGCGCCUUCCCAAAAGCCAGAACAAGAUUCAGUUCCCUGUCCAGGGACCUGAAAAAUGCGAUCAUGUCGAAACCAGACCAGUCCCAGAGGCACGCACAAGCUUCUUCAACUCCCGACCACCACACCUCCUCAUCAGCAAACACAACCCUCGACCUUUACUCACAGCUCGAGGCCAUAAACUUGGUCUCUGAAGCCUCAAACCACGCCAGCACAGACACUUGUACAAGACAAGUUUCUCCACCAUUAACAGUGAAUCAAGAAGUAUCCAGCUUCAGUUGGAGCGAUUUCCUCCUCGAAGACGCCUUCCUGCCCUCGGAGCCCGACGAGCAAGAAAAUAAGGGUAUAGUUUUACAAGGAGGAAACAUACAAGGGAAUGGUGUGGCUAAUGCAAUGGUGAUCAAGAACUUUGAAGCAUCAUCAUCUUCAAAUAGUUCAUCAUUUGUUGAAGCUAUGGUAGACAGCCAAGAUUGUGAUGUGUUUUCUCAGCUCCCUGCAGCCUUCUAUGAGGAGCCAUUUUACUACUAGAAGGAUGAUGAACUUAUAUUAAUAGUAGUACUGGUGCGUGUCUCGUGCUAUGUACGGAUUAAUUUAAUUAUAAUUUAAAUGAUAUGUAAUAAAGAGUUUUAA